AGAGAGAGCCUCGCGUUUCAGUCGGUUCGAAAUCGUAAAGCGCGUUAGUCGAGUCACGGUCUUAGUUUUGUUGACGUAGUUGAAGCGUGAAUCAGGCUUUUCAGUAUACGCGUUCUGGAUAUGGUAACAGUGAUUGAAAGUGGUCAGGAUAUUGAGAUUAGUUGGUCUAGAUGACAGUGGUGAUCGAAGUGAUUAGUAAAAUAGACGAUUUGUAGUGAAGGAAGAUGUUGACUUCGUCCAAUCAGUAUUUGAGGCCCGAAUACCUUACACCUUUACCAACAACGCUGGAUGCCAAGAAGAGUCCUCUAGCUCUACUCGCCCAGACAUGUUCCCAAAUAGGAGCGGACGCUCCCAACGCCAAGCUACUCCAAAGCGCUGAGAAAUCCUCCAAAAGAUCUUCAGAAUCCAACAAGGAAAAACUGCGGUCCACUCCCUCCAAUGACUUGGCACCGAAAUCAAACUAUGGCAAGAUGCAACUGGACCCCAGUUCAAUGGAGAAGAGUUCCACUCCAGAGGAACGCUCAAGUUCUGUAGGGAAUAGGGUCAGAACACCAAACAGCGGAAGCUCUUUGAAGAACGGACAAGUCAACGGUAGAUGCGGGAGUAACCAGAGCGCCACAUCAACUAGAGAAAGCCCUGCUGUGUCAUCAGAACGAAAAACUCCAGGAGACGACAGGCAUAGUCUCACAAAAACACCUGACAAAGCCUCAGAAGCCGGUAGUAGUCCACAUACACCAUCUUCAAUCUCCAAGACGGCGUUUACUCCCAACAUCUUGACCAGUUCUUCAGAUCCGGCCAUCAAAGACCUUCCGCUGGGUACCUUUAAGCCUGGAGUACCCCCUUCACCGGGUUCAGCGUUCCUGAGCACCAGUAGUUAUCCAGGGUUUUCUCCCUUGGGCAUGGACCUGAUGACUUCGAGUUUAAUAUCACGAAGCAGUGCUCUGAACCCUUAUCUAUCAUAUGGCCGACUGAAAACUCAGGAUUCUUUAGCGGCAUGUCGGGAUCCUUACUGUACUGGUUGUAGUAUGAGUUCCCAUCUGUUAGGAGCGACUCAGAAGCCUCCUUGUCCCGCUGGAUGUACUCAGUGUGAUCAUGCGAAAGUUCCAACUACUGUAGCGUACAGUGCUUACGCCCAUGCACAGUUAGCAGCGCUUGCAGCAGCUAGCCACCUCCCAUACGUGUGUAACUGGAUUUCUGGAGAUGCCUCGUACUGUGGGAAGAGGUUUUCGAACUCUGAAGAACUCCUGGGACAUUUACGGACUCACACGAGUGCGGUGAGUGAAGCGGGCGCGAAUUUAUCGUUGCUCACGCCUCCGGGACUGUCUCCUGGGCAUCCCCUACUUCACAGAUACCCCACACCACCUUUGUCACCUCUGGCAACUGCUAGGUACCAUCCUUACUCAAAACCGUCCCUUUUACCGCCAUCUUUAGCCGGUUUUCCUCUAGGACACCCGGGAUUUCCUCAGUAUCUUAAUCCUUACUCCCUUUACGGACCUAGGUUGGGAGCUGCAACUCCUGGAAUGCAUCCCUAGGAUGGUUAGUGUUGUGAAUAUACGCGUUUUGCUAGUCUUCGUGUGCAUUAGUGAUCGAAUGAACUCGGAGGUUAUUAUUAUUAUUUUUUAUCUGAAAAAUGAAAAUGGUUGUUAAAGAAAUUCUCUUCUUGUAGUUUUCGUAAUUAAGUCACAUCACUGAGACAGCAUUAUAUGUGAUAUUAUUUUUAAUAUUGUAUCUGUUAUAAAUGUGCAUAAUGUAUAGUUGUUUCUCGAUAAGUUUACUUGUAUUGUAUAUAUUGUAAUAGUUUUUUUUAUGUUGGAGAAGAGAUCAGAGAGUGUUAUUUUUAAAUUUCUUUAUCUGAAGAGGUCAAAAAUGUUAAUAACAUUGUUUAUUUUUAAAUAAUUACACAUGGCAAAAUAAUCUUGUAUCAGGAAUCUUUUCUGCAAAAUUAUUUUUGUUUAAUUUUAAAUAAAAAAAACUACUAAUAUUACAAGGCAUUUAAUAAUUUUCAAUUUCAAAAAAAAUGUUAUUUUGUUUUAAUGUUCUAUGUACAAAAGUAUUGUUUUUUGUUCAAUUUUUCUAUACUCAAUGACAAACUUUUUUAAUGUUCUUUUAAACACUAAUACGAGUAUCAUAUUGUACAUACAGUUUACCGAAAAAAUGAUAUCUAAUCUAUGUUUUUAAAUUAAUUUAAUAUUAAAAAAUAUGUUUUUUUCUUUAUUAAAAAUCUUA